GUGUGCUGCUGGGUUUGCGUCUUGCUUGCUGCCUGGAAAUGCUCAAGCGGCAGCACCAGAAAGCACAUACCCAAGAAUGGAAACCGCGUCUCCUGAAAUAUGCUGAAGCAUAGAUAUUUUGUUUGUAUUGGGUUUGGGUGAGGAAAACACCAAAAAGACGCGAGGAGGAGCUGAAGCCGGGCCUACGCUCAUGUGACCGGUGGCGGCUGAGAGCUGGGGCUGCCCAGAAAUAGCCGCAGUUGCUUUCCCCCAGUUCCGUGGACUCGGGCACCGAGGAGUCCCGCGAAUUGGCUCCUCCGGAGGAUGCGAAGCUCUUACGCCCCAAGCAGAUGAUGGCGAUACGAGAGUUGAAAGUGUGUCUGCUUGGAGAUACUGGUGUGGGCAAGUCAAGUAUAGUUUGCCGAUUUGUUCAGGAUCAUUUUGACCACAAUAUUAGUCCUACUAUUGGUGCUUCUUUCAUGACUAAAACAGUGCCUUGUGGGAACGAGCUUCAUAAGUUUCUGAUCUGGGAUACAGCAGGACAAGAACGGUUCCAUUCAUUGGCGCCAAUGUACUAUCGUGGGUCAGCAGCAGCGGUUAUUGUAUACGAUAUCACCAAACAGGAUUCUUUUCACACAUUGAAGAAAUGGGUAAAAGAACUAAAAGAACAUGGUCCUGAAAACAUUGUAAUGGCCAUUGCCGGAAACAAAUGUGAUCUUUCUGAUAUUAGGGAAGUCCCUAUGAAAGAUGCCAAAGAAUAUGCAGAGUCUAUAGGCGCAAUUGUUGUUGAGACCAGUGCAAAAAAUGCAAUUAACAUUGAAGAACUCUUUCAAGGAAUCAGUCGACAGAUCCCUCCCUUGGAAACUCAUGAAAAUGGCAAUAGUGGAACAAUCAAACUUGGGAAGCAAACUGCACAGACUACUAGGCGGUGCUGUUAAACCAACAUGAUCUGGUUUGAUUUACUUGAAAAUAAAAUGACGUUCUUUGCUUAUUUGUUGAGCAACAGACUUCAGAAACUCUAUGACCAAGUAUCUUGUUUAAAAGCAUUAAGUUCAGUUGGUAGAAAUACAAGGAAUGAUAGUAGAAAGGUCCUCAGACGAGGACAAUCUACUUCUAUAACAGUCUAAUCAUUUGUCUUGGAUUAUUGGAAUUAAUGGUCCAAACAAACGACUAUUUGAAAUAAGCCCUUUGUUUCACAAUUUGUUGGCGUGGUAAAUGUUAAAUUCUGUACAAAACUCACUUAUUUUUCAUUACCAUGCCCUGUUUCGGAACUAGUGCAUUUAUAAUAUGGAAAUAUAGUGCAUAAUAUUUGAACUAACUGAAAAAUGCAUACUAUUUUCUCUUCUUUCUUACCAGGUUUAACUUCCUUUGGCUUUCUUUUAAGAGCAGUUUUUAAAAGGUACAAGUUGGAUAGCACAUUGUGACAAAAUUGAUAAAAUUAGUUAAUCCAGUAACAGAAAAAUAAAUAAUAAAACUGGUAAUUUUAGCUUGAAGCCACUGUUUUUUCCCCCUCUAUAUUUGAAGAGUCAAAAAUAUUGGCUUGCAAACAACAAUUGCUUUGAAUUCAGCUCCAUCUGGCAGGUGUAUGAUGGUAUUAGAAUCUGACAAUAGUUGUCUCUUUCCUGCUAAGUGGUUUAAUAUUCACAUGUGCCCUUUUCAUAACAGGAUAGGUUAAGUAGCUUUUACAAGAAAUGGCUUUACGGUUAUUGGUCUAGUGUUUGAUGCUGAUGAUAGGUCUAAAUAGAUAGGGAAAUAAUUAAUUGUACAAUGUUAAUAACAUGUUAUGGAUUCCCAUCUAUUAGACAGGGUGGUAAGAACAAUAGCACAGUGUGCAGUUUUGUACUGGCAAGCUAACUCCAGAGUUUUAUAGAUGGUUUGCCUUCAGUUGUUCAAAAUAAUGAAGUAAAUAGAAGGGACAUGUAUACAGAUGUUAACCAAUGAAGAACCUUUAAAAAAACCCUCAAUUUGUUGAUACAGUUAUUAUAAUUAAUCCAAGCUGAAAAAUUACAGAAUUCAGGAUCACUCCAUCCUGUCUGGUGUUCUGGUACUUGGAUGUCUACCUUAGAGUUCAAGAAAGUCAGAGGGCACAGGGGACAGUGAAGAGAGAAUGACAAAAGUAUGUCACUAACAGGGACAAUUCCCCAGUCAACAGAGUUAUAUGUAAUCUUUCACCUGAACAGGAUUCCUCUGGUAGGUCUCUUUUUAAAAUGUUAACAUUAAUCACAUUUUGGGCCAUUUUUAAAACGUUAACAUUAAUCACAAUUUGGGUUGAGGAGAGCUAUGUAAAUAGUAGUACUUGUUUGCUGUUCAAUUUUCUGAUAUACCCUACUAGGCGCAGGGGCAGACAUUUUGUUUGUAAACCAUAAGCACAGGUAGUUUGACAAACUUUGGAGGAGACAGAGGCAAACACUAUGAUUCCACAUACACCCUCUCAUCAGGGUUAAGUAGUACUACUUUAGGGAAAGAAAGACAAAUUUUUGCAUGCGUGCUAUGGACACAGAAAGUACAGCAAAUAGGUGAAAGGGAUACAGGAAAAUGCUGCAUUUGUGCCUCCCCACCACUCAGAGGGUUUAUUUCCUCUUUUAUUGGCAGCGGAAUUUUUCUAUAGUGUAACAGAAAACAGAAAGCUUCUAAGACUACAGCUCUCAAAUUACUUACACCAAAGCAACCUUCAAGACUUCUAAACCAGAGGUCACAUUGAAUAAGAGAAAUAUGAUGGCAUUGGAUGGGCAUAUGCUGCCCUCAGGCACUGGGAAGCAGAUAUACCAGCUGCUGCAUCCCAGUUCCACUGAUGCCUGUCUCUCAGUCCCCAAAUGUUCCUUUCCAGUGAAAAAUAUUUGCUCUGGAAUCUCUUGUAGGCAUACUUAAGGGAAUGGAGCUUAAAGCUCAAUAACUCUCUACAGUAGAGAGAAGACAUUCUCUGUAUAUAUGCUAUACUGUGGUAAGUAAGGGGAGAGAGGAGGAGGAUUUGCUAGUUCCUUUAAAGAUUAAGUUGGUGUAUGGCAACAUGAAGGGCUGGCCAUAUCAGCCUUUAUUUAGAUAUGCUUCCAUCUAUCAUGCUUUCGUGUAACUAAUGGUUCUUUCAGUUCUGAAAAAGACUGCAUACAUGAAAAUAGCAUUAUCCAAAUAAAAAACAUGAAAAGAGCAGCAUUAUCUGCCACUGGCAGAUUUGUGUAGAGGAAAUAUUGGUGCCCGUGGGCACCUCCAAAUAGGUGCUAAAUUACAUGGCUGCUCCAAUUCCUAUGAUGACUACAGCAUUUGAAUUGGUACUGCCGUAUAAACCCUAUGCUUCCAGGGAACUUGCAAAAUCAUUGCCUGUGUUUUGUUGAUUCAGUUAGGUUUCUAGAAAUGUGUGAAUGUUUAUUAACUUUCCUGCACCUGUAUGUAUGAGCCUAAAAUAAAAAGGAUUUGAUCGUCCAUAGCAGAAUGCAGAACUGCAAACUACAGGCUUAAUUUUCUGUAGUUGCUUUUUAAUUCUGAGGUAAAAAAGACUCUUUAAGUAUAUUAAAAACUGCAAAAAUAUCCUAAGAUUAAAAUUACUGUAUUAUCACUUAUAAGAUAGAAAGCCCCCUAAUGUAAGAGAGGUCAUAGUUAUGUAUUUUAUAGGAAUAGCAGCUUCCGAUUUAACAGGUAUUGCCGCCUUUAACCAGCAUAGAGAUAAUAGUAGAAACAAGAGCAGAGUUGUGUUUGGUUAGAAGCUACUCUGAAUUUUGAACUUGGAUUUAGUACUUUUGCAUUCAUGGUGCUAUCUUCCAUUAUUUCUGGAUGUGAGAGUAUGUACAUCUGUGUAUAUUUAAGUUUUUAGGAUAGCAGAGCCACAGUCACCAAACACUGAUGCAUAGCAGAAUCAGUGUUAUGAUAACAUUACCAUAUGUUUGGAAUGGGGUUGCUGUUUAACUAAUUAAGAGACUCAAGGAUCUAGUUUGGUGUUAAAAUAUGGCGCAUCAUGCCUGUAUAAUGCCAGUUGUAAGGGACUACAUGACUACUGGUUUAAGGAUAAUGGCUUCAUAAUAUGGCUCUGAGGUUAUUGGCGGUGAUUGCCCUCUCUUGCUCAAUGACAGAUUUCCAGUACCCGGAAACUAUUACUGGUAUUCAGAUUUUGAAUAGUGCCUUGAGCUGUGUUAUUUGGCUGGAUCAGAGAACAAUAAGAGGAAAACUCUUGCAUCUAUAGUCAGUGUUAUCUGAUUAUAGUACAAAAAUUACCUAGCAUGAGGCAUGUCUCCUGGACUAUUUUAACUGGAACAAAGACUAACAGAGCUAAAGCAUAAUCUUUAAAUGUAGUAUAUCAGCUGGAUGUUUAAGGUAUUAUUCUAUAUAAUGAAUAUAGUGUUUCUGGAACCACAUGGACUAGUUGCAUUUUUGAGGGAGAAAAGGAAAAAUGAACACACUCUUGAUAUGCUGAGUAUGUAUAUUUGUCUGCCUCCUUUAUUUAAGAUACAAGGUUCUGACUACAUGAGCUCAUACAUUUAUGCACCUAUACACUUAGUAGUUAUUUUUACUGACUAACUGUAGUUUUAAUACAAGAAUACUACAGUCAUAAGUACAAUUGUAAGAAAUGUCCCAUUGAACUCAGUGGGAUUUAGUUCCCUGUGAACAUGUAAGUGUAAUAUGUUGUUAAACUUGUAGUAAGGAUGAUUUCAACUUUGAAAUUAUACAGGCUGAAGACUAAUGCUAGUAGAAGAGAGGCUUUAUCAGUAUACUUACAUUUAUUUAUAACAAGGAAUGUCCCUAUGAGAACAUUCCAGGGGCCUAAAUGAUGGUGGAGAGGAAAGAUCCUCUAUCAACAGGCCACCUUCUACCUUUUCAGUAUAGUAAUAGAAUUUGAAAUGACAUCCUUGCUACUCCAUCAUGCCCCUAUCCCAAGUAAGGGUUGCCCAUGCACACGUUUCUCAUACAUUAAACAGUCUGCAGGCGUUAACUUCGGGACCAGAGUGUGUUAGAAUUACAUUGGCCGAGCAGGAAAUAUUUCCCUCUCAACCAGUACAUGGAGCUGCUUGGCAGGACAACUCUAGAUAGUCCUGCUUGGUGGUUCCCUGCAAAUGGAAUCUAUGCCUUUGCUGCCAAAAUAUAUCAUGAGGUGAGGAGAAACGAAUUAAAAGUAUGCAUUUUUUUCUGAACCCCGUUUCCCACUGUGUCUUUGAAAUGUCAUCAGAAUUCACUUGAAUGUUAUAUACUUGUUCCUUAGAAAUGUUAAAAUGGAAUAAUGAGCAACACAUACCAGCAACUGAUAGAAUCAUACCCUUUCUCCCAACUAAAUAAUCAGAUCUCCUCUGCCUCCUGCAUGCGCACAUGCAUUCACGCACGCACGCACACAAAGUACCAUCAGAUAGGUCUAGAAUGCUUAAUUCUAGUACAGGUCAAUAGUACUCAGUAGAAACUAUUCUCUCAUUUUUUCACCUGGCGUGAUAGCUUUUCAGUGCCUUUUGGCAUGUGACUUUCACAUAUAUGUAUAGUAAAUUGAGUACAGAUUGCCUUAAUCUGCCUUAAUUGCUUAAAUUUAAACCAAUAAUUAAAUGCCAGUGUUAUGCUUUGUGCUAUGACUCUACAUGGUUUAUGAAAGGGCUGUGACUGGGCUGGACCCAUUGAUAGUUAUGUAUAGAAUGUUACACUAUGGUAAUACGUUUGUUCUAUAUUUUUAUUGCAUGAUCACAAACAUGGUUUGUGCCUAAAGUAAUUAUUUUUAAUUCUAUAAUGGGUGAUACUAAUUUGUUAAUUUUUAUGAUUCUUGGUCUUUCUGUAUACAACAAAAAUAAAGGUGAC